GAGAAAAACAAAAGUAUGUUAAAAUAAAAUACACUCUUUGUGCACAAUGGACUGGAACUAAUUGUAUCAACAUUGUUCCCUCAAAAAUCUCCUCAAUCCUGCCUAAUACUUUUUGUAACACAUUGUUAGGAGAAUGAAAAUAUCAUCUAUAAAAUCUCCUUUCUCAUAAAUUUACAUAUAUGUUUAUAUUAUGUUCUACUCUUAAUUAUUGAGUCUACUUUAUAUUUCCUAUUGCACCCUGCAGUGCAGGCACAAUUGUUAUCAAAGCCAUCUUAAUACUUAGCAAUCUAGCAUUCUGACCCAGAGUCCGCUAAUCACAGAUGAAGAUACAGGGAGAAGCAAGAGAUGAGAUAGCAAGAUACUAUCCUAAGUGGUGGAUGAUUAACAGAAAUCUUCUUAUGGGGGAGAAAAUUGGCAUCAAUUUAUGAAGGUAAUUAAACAUUCUGAGCAGAUCCUGAAGACAGCAUUGAUCUCCAAGAGCACACAGCUUGUGAAGCUGUAUGAGAAUCUUGAGUCUAGGGAGAAGUGUUUGCUGAAUGAAGCGUUUCAGCCAGACAGUGUUCUCUUCAGACCCAUCACUCUUCAUUCGGAGUCAGACUGGAUCUCCUCACACCCUGAGCCCACCCAGGACUUUGAACAGUUUUAUAAUGAUCCUUACAGAAGCAGACCGACAUCUCAGAAAAGUGCCAUUUAUGUACAGCCCAUUGGUUCUUUUGGGGACACCAAAGUUAGUACGGAGGAUUAUAUGAAAUGGUUGAAGGAUUACUGUGAAGCCUUUUACUAUGGCCUAUCUGUAAAAAUCCUGGAGCCGGUUCCUGUUUCACACACAAGUUGUGCUUUUCGAGUGAAUGAGUACACAUGCAAUCUACAGAUUCAUGCAGGGGACCUCUUGAAAUACCUAAAGAAGAAAAAGCCAGAAGAUGCUUUCUGUAUUGUUGGGAUAACAAUGAUCGAUCUUUAUCCAAGGGAGUCCUGGAAUUUUGUCUUUGGCCAAGCCUCUUUGACAGAAGAGAGUUACAGAAGUGCCAAAGAAAUUGAGUUCACAUUUUCAAGAUGUCAUUUUUCAUACUCUGGAAUGGGGAUCUUCAGCUUUGCCAGGUAUGACAGUGACUUUUAUACUGCGAGCUACAAAGGCAGACUGAAGAGAGUCAAGAAGCUUCCCUCAGCAGACUACUCAGUUUUUGAUGGCUAUUAUACUCCUGUAAUCAGCAGUCUGCUGCUUCUGAGGUCCUGCAAGACCCUGACCCAUGAGAUUGGGCACAUCUUUGGACUCCAUCACUGUCAGUGGCUGCAGUGUGUGAUGCAGGGUUCCAAUCACCUGGAGGAAUCAGACCGACGCCCAUUGGAUCUGUGUCCAAUUUGUCUACGAAAGUUGCAGUCUGCCAUUGGCUUUCACAUUGUGGAGAGAUACCAGGCGUUACUGGGGUGGAUGGAUGAAGAUCGUAGUGGAAUGGAUGCUGAACUCAGAAAUGAAGCCAAGAUGGGCUUGCUGAAACCUGUGGAAGCAUUUAAGGAGUGUCGAGAGUGGGUAUUAAAAUGUCUUGAUGUCUUGCAGAAAUAAAGCUGUAGGAUGUAUGUAGUAUCAAAGGGGAAACAUUCUCCUCUAUUUAAAGAAUUACUUUCAGGUUUACUACUUCUAAAACUGUUGUUACUUGUUAUGGAUCAUCCACUGCAUUGUAAGGAUCUGUAAAUAAAAAUCCAUCCCUUUGCCGCUGAACAUUUUACCUUUAUACCCUCCUUCCCCAGACAGUAACUAUUUCUGCCACGACCUUACAAUAUUUGGUCUCUGCUGCUCUCAUAUCAGAAAUCAAGGUACAUUUUAAUCUUAAUUGCAGUAAUAUACAGAAGAACAUUUAACAUCUUGUAAACAGGGCCUAAUGUGUAGUUUUUAAAAUAUAUAUUCUCAAUGUUUGCGGAGGAUUGUGGUGUUUGUUUUAUUUAGUUUUUUUUUCUAGCAUUGGAAAAUUAGGAGCAUUGGACAAUGAGGAGUCCCGGAAGCUGCAAAUACAGAGUGGUUGUGCUAGUUGUCCAGGCACCGUCACUAAAUCAGGGAGAGGAUCCCAUCCCCAGUACCUGCACAUAUUCCCUACGCAAAGGCCCCUAACCUGCAGUUGUCUCCAUGUGGGUGCAGGGUCUGUUUGUGGAGAGUCAUUUGCAGGAUCAGGACCGAAGUGAGUUUUUACUUGGUCUUCUCCUAGAGAAUCAGGAAAUGGUGCCUGGGUACUUUAAAUUAGGAACAGAAUAAAAAAAACCUAGUUAAAAGAGACAAAGCAGUACAGAUUUAAUUGAUGUGUUGUGUGUGAUGGGUUUAAUUUCCCGUGGCAGGGUAUUGUUUUAAUUACGGUGACCAAGACCCAAUUAUGCUUUCAAUUUUCUUUAUAUAAUCCUGUUAGGACACUUCCUUAGUCUGUUGCUGCUAAAUUGCUUUCUUCCUAUCAUCACCCCAAAGCAAGGCUGGUGGGCCAGAUUUCACACUGGGUACAAUUGUCUGGAUUAUUUUUGCACUCGAUUUCACAAAGGUACAUUUGUGCUCCCUUCCCAAUCCCUCUGCAGUGUGAGUAAUCAGCUUUCUAUUUAAAUUUAUAAAUAAACCAAUGUUAUUCCAAUGGAAAAAAAAUGUUCCAAAGGAACAUUUUAUGAUUUGAAAUUUAAAUCAGUUGACAAUGUGUUCUAAUAUUUAUUGCUAUUAUUAUUUCCAUCGUGCUGUGCUUGUGGAAAUGACACAUGACAGUCUAAUAAAAGGACACAAUCCGUA